GCACGCAGUUCAUCCGCCUGUCAACGACAUCGAUCAAUCCCAGCUCCCAGCCAAGCAGUCAACAAACAUGAAGUUCUUGCUCCUGAGCGUUUUCCUUUGCCUGGCCGUGUGCUUCAUGGCCACCAGUGCGGUGCCCAUUGAGGAGUCCAUACCCGAAGGUCUCGAGGGCCCUGGCAGCGACACCUUCAACCCCACGGACGAUCAGUCCUUUCUGCUCAAGCUGAAGCUGCUCAAGAAGCUCCUCUUCCUGGGCUAAGCGAGGAAUGCGUUCUGUCUGGCAGCUGCCUCAAUGGAUUUUAGCUUAACGUUGUCUUUAGGUUUUUUAAGAACAAAUUUACAAGAGAAUUAAAAGUAAUGCAAGUAUUUGAUAAA